GUGUGUAUGCAAUAAAUUUUCUAACCUUAUUAAAUAUACGAAACUCAUUAAUGUGAAGUGAAAUAUACACAAGUGAGAAUAUAUAUUUUUAUUUAAAUUAUCUAAAUUAUAUAUUAAAAAUGUAUCCUAUGGAUUUGACAAGAACAGUUCCAUCAGAGAAUGAAAACAAAAAUGUGUUUCUGAAUGACGGCGAAUUAGACAAAAUUGCUCUAUUUCUUGUUGGAAGUCAACAACGUUUUAGAGAAAAUAUCAUAAUUCCCAGAAUAUUGGGACCUGUGCAAAUAAAAACUAUUGAAGAAAAAAGAAUAGAAAGUGUAAUGGAAAGUUGUGCAUUUAAAAGCAUCAUGAGUUGUGUUAUUGGCUACGGUUUAGGAGCAGCUAUUGGACUAUUCUCGUCUAGUGUAAAUCCUAAUAUAGCAAGUAUUGAAAAGCAACAAAGCGCACGAGAAAUAUUAAGAGAAAUGAAAGGCACAACGCUUGGUUAUGCGAAAAACUUUGCAGUUGUUGGAUGUAUAUUUUCUGCCAUUGAAUGCAGGAUAGAAUCGUAUAGAGGUAAAACUGAUUGGAAAAAUGGCACAUACGCAGGUGGCUUAACAGGUGGAUUAAUCGGCUUAAGGGCUGGUAUAAUGCCAGGAAUAUUUGGUGCUGCAGGUUUUGCAGCAUUCUCAACAGCAAUAGACUAUUACAUGCACAGAUCUUAAACUACACAAUUUACAUUAAUUAGAAUAUACAUAUAUUUGUAUAAAAAAGAUAUAUAAAAGUUUAUGUGUGUGUAAUCACAUAUCUGUACAAAAUUUGUAAAAACAGAAAUAUUUCAAAUGCUCAUAAAACUAGUAUCAUAUGACUGAAAGAUUGGAGACGUAAAAUAUAUUUUUUUUAAUAUUAAUUCACUGUCUAAUAUAAUAUGAUAAUAAUUUAUAUGAACUUUUUUCCUAUGUAUAAUCACAUUCCACAUAUUUCGUUGCUUAUAUUGUAUGAAAUACAACUUGCACACUAUAUGUAAUACACAUAGAAAAUUACAAAAUUUUUAGCCACAUUCAUCUUACAUACUAUAAUUUUUAUUUCUAUCGACGUACUGAUAAUGUGAAUAUCUAGAAAUACAUGUAGCUUUUUCCUAUUAUUCAUAUUUUAUGUCAUACAAAACUUAAAAAA